AUGAUAAAUAAAUAAUUAUUGAAGUUGUCGAAGUUGUGUUUUAUGGAAGCAGCGAAUAUUUUGGACAAUACGAAAUGAAAAUAUUUUGGUGUCUAAGAGCAAUAUUAUUUUGUUAAAUACACUACAAAAAAAUGGAUAAUUUCAAAACACUUUUUGUUACAUACCCUUGAUUAUGUCGGCACGUAAUUUUUUGUCUGCUCGAGAGAAAAAUAUUGCCAAGAUUAUAGAUUGCUUACCAAAUAUAAGCCAUAAGAAGUGUGGUUAUCGCUCAGUGCAAGAAUUACCCCCGCUCUCAGCGAAUUCGAGUGCCUUAGUUAAUAGAAACAUAGAUUUAUCAUUUAAAAUACAACCGUACUCUGAUGAAAGUUUAGACAGAGUUAGCACACCUUUUUCGGAUUUUUUCUCUGACAGUGAAACAGGUACACCAGAUUUUAGAAGUGAAGAAAGUGACAGUAGUGCUGGUUCAGCUUUGAGAAGAAACACUGAAGCUGCGACAAAAACAUUGGAAGAAGAGUGGGAGAAGAUUGAGAGGACUUUGUACAAUGAAGAGGGAGAAAAAACUACCAGACCACACAUGCUGGAGGAGUGUAAACAAUGGAGACAGCUGCAUCCACAACUCAGAGUCAUUGGUAAAGCUAUACCAUUGCCUAAGAAUAGAUUACAUUAUAGACAAUCUGAACAUGAUGAGGUGAUUGCUGUGCAUUACAGUGAUUAUGAACAGUUUAGCGAGAGUGAGGAACGUCUGUCACAGAGUAGCACCGAUGUCACUCCACAAAACUCCCCCAGGGUGUCCGCAGCGGACUAUGAACCGAGAUUGACACGAGAGAAAAUAUCCUAUUACCCAAAACAAGAUGAAGAAUCAGACUUUGAAGAUACAUUUUCAUCUCUGUUACAAAUCACACCUAUUCAAAUACGAAGUCCCUAUAGAAAGAGACAAACACAUUCAAUAUUAAGAUCGGAAGUUGCAUCUUCGCGAUGGAUGAGAGGAAAUCGACCCGAUUCUUCGGUUAAUGGUAGGGGUAGUGCAAAAUCUUUUGUUUCAUUGGAUACAGGGAAAUACAGUGUUGAUGGGAAAUCUGUUAAUGGUAGGGUAGUCACAGCAAGACAUAGGGAGGUGGCAAGAUUAGAACCAAUUUACACUCCUGAACCACCAAUUGAUGUGAUAAGACAUAAUUCACAUGUAUACGGCAAUAGGAAAGUGUCACUCCCCCCAUUGUCUAUGGAAGAGGAAAGACGUAAAAUUGCCAGUGUAGGGUCAGCAAAACGAAUUGGCAAAUAUAAGAAGACUCAAAGUAAAUUUAAUAGACCUUAGAAAUUAUGGGCUUGUUUCUAGUCAUUGGAAGUUAGCAUUUUAUGGAAUUAUUGACAAAAAUAAUUUAUUUUGACUUUUGCAAGAAAUAAUCAGAAUAAUUAUUUUGUUAUCUAUUUUACGUAUUUUAUCAACAAUUCUUUUGUACAUUUUAAAAUUAGAUGUAAUAUUUUGUUAGCGGCGCACAUUUUUUCUCUAAAUAACUGUACUAUUUUAGUAUUUUGGUUUUUUCGUUCACAAUACUUAUUUCAGCAAUGCUCGUAUGUACAAUCGAACCUGGGUAUACGAGAAUCAAAGGGACCGCGAUAUUUCUCACUUGUAGAGGUUUCUCUCUAAUUGACAGAGAGAAGGGAAGAAACCUCUGUAAGCGAGAAACUUUUGACAGAGAAUGCUCUAUAAGGGAGAAAAAUGUCGCGAUCCAUUGGUUUCUCGCUU